AUGCAGAAUCAGGAGCCGCAGAUCGGUCAUAUGCCUGUGCCCCAGCCGAAGAUGCCUGCUUCUUCGAGUCGCAUUCUUUACGAUAUUCCGUGCAAGGUUUGUCGGGACCAUUCGUCAGGGAAGCAUUACGGUAUAUUCGCGUGUGACGGAUGCGCUGGUUUCUUCAAGAGAUCGAUACGAAGAAAUCGUCAGUAUGUCUGUAAAGCGAAGUCUGAAGGGGGUUGCAUGGUGGAUAAAACGCAUCGGAAUCAAUGUCGAGCCUGCCGCUUGGCUAAGUGCAUUCAGGCUGGAAUGAACAAAGAUGCUGUGCAACACGAACGUGGUCCACGAAACUCGACUCUGCGGAGGCAGAUGGCUUUAUAUUUUAAAGAGCCCGAAAUGAUGGCCAACAUGGUACCCCCACCAGCGGGGGCAUUAGAUCUGGCUUUGCCUAAGCCACCGACCGAACCCCGAGUUUCCGUCGCAGCGCCAACCCCUCAACAUGCCCUUCCACACCAUGUUUACUGCAACAGCAUGGCCAUGUCGAAGAUCCCAGUAAGCGUUGCUGGUCUGUCGUCCGUGCCGCUGAUGCCCGCGAUAACCGCGGAGUCCAUCUGCGAGCAAGCAGCAAGGUUACUAUUCCUAAACGUUCAUUGGGCGCGGGACCUAGCGGCUGGAACGAACCUGGCCAUGGAGGACCAGCUUACUUUGCUGGAGUCCUCUUGGAGAGAAUUGUUCCUGCUCGCGGCCGCCCAAAUUCUCCCGACAUUGGACCCAUCUGCGCUUCUUCCUCCUGGUCCUCAGAGUCUAGGGUUGGCGGUCGAAGUGAAUCGAUUCAGAGAAACAUUGGCUGGUUUCCACGCGAUGAACCUGGACCAGCACGAAUUCGCCUGCAUCAGGGCGAUCGUGCUGUUCAAGGCUGGCUUGGACAGUGAGCCACUACCGAGUAGCAGGAGCAGCAACGGAUCAGCGUCCCCUGGUACCGGAAGUAGGCUCAGAGACGCGGCUGCUGUGGCGAGAUUAAGAGACGGAGCGCAACUUGCUCUUGGACAGAGGCUCAGCGGCGCUUCCUUUGGCGCCUUAAGGUUUGGGAAAUUAUUGUUGCUGCUGCCAUCGCUUCGUUCCGUGUCCACCCACGCGAUCGAGGAGCUGUUCUUCAGAAGGACCAUCGGCAUCAUCCCCAUCGAGAGGAUCAUUUGCGAUAUGUACAAAGCUGCUUGA